GCAAUAACAUGUCAUUCACAGUCUACGAAUAUUUACCAUGUCAAAAACAUUGAAGACUUAAAGAGAAAACAACUGCGAAUUUGACAUUAAAUUUCUUAGACAAAUAUUCAUAGUGCAUACCUCAUGCGCAGGAGUACUUUUGAAUUAAAAUAGGCACACAUUUAAAGAGCUACAAAAUAAGUUUUGCACAAUUGUGCUCUUUAAACAAAAUUUGGCCUGUUGUAAGUAUCACGUAAAAUGGGGGGGGGGGGCUACAGGAUUUUUUUUUUUCAUAUUCGAGCCCCCCCCCCCAGCGCGAGGUACUUCCGACGCCACUGGUAUGUCAUGCGUUCAAAAAUGUCAAAUCUUGACUAAGAAUCAGCUGUCCCAUUUUUACCCCGUGUCCCGUAAUAACCCAAACUGACCCCAAGAGAAUACCUCCCGGUAACCACACCGGUCAACCUCAAGGAGGGUGCCCCCCGUGACUGCCGACAGUAGUCUCAGGAAAAACGCCCUCCAAAACUCAAUGCACUGAGAAAACCUUACAGACUCUUUUAGGCCUUCUGAAGCAGCUCGUAAUAACAAAGUAUUCUGAGCGUACAAUAACUAUCAAAGAAAAUACUCCGUAAUUUACGAAGUAUCUCUUCGUAUACCAAAGUAAAUUACUUUGUUCAAAGUACCCGUCAGCACUGUUGAAAAAAAAAAACCACAAAAGUUACGGUACUUUAAUGGUAGACUACUUGCCUAAUAAUGUUAUACAAGUAUCGUACCAGGUACGAUGGGAGUACAAUUUAACCGUACAAGGUAGCUUACGGUACAGAAAGAAACCUUUCUUUCAAGGCCCUGUCAAGCUGCAGAUCAAUCAAGUCAACCUUAAGUUCAGGUGGCACAUCGCCAAUGUUGAUAGAGAAUGGGUCCGAAAAGAUGGCGAUGGCGCAUUUUCCACACUCUUAAAAGGCCACACUCUUAAUGAAGGCAUUGUAGAAUUUCUUCGUAGAUUUUACAAUGCCUUCAUUUUCUUCGUGUUGCGAAGCGAUUCUUCGUAGAGUUUUUACUGUGCAGCUUUCGGAAAUCUUAAAAACCUUUCCCGAACUACCCCGCAAGGCCACCCUGGAUAUUUCCAUAAACCUCCCGGGUUUCGAAUGACAGAAGCCCGACACUUUUGAGAUGAGGAAAGUGGAACAGCUAACCCACCCCUCCGGAUUUCAUCUUGUAAGAAUUCUAUUCUUCCCUCAGCAAAAUGAAAUUUCCUGCUCUGACGAAGCACGCCAUGAAAAUGCUUGCGCUUUUCAGCUCAUCUAUGCUUGUGAGCAGCUCUUUUCACUCAUGAAAAUUGUUAAAAAUAAAUUUUGGUCCAGGCUCGCGGAUGAGAGCUUACUUAGCCAACUACCAAUCAUGUCCGGAAACAAUAUAGAGCCUGACUUCCACCACAUUGAGAUUUUUUGGUAAUCUUUCGUUCGCUAUAAUUUUAGUCCGAUGCUUUUUUAUUGACUGCCUAGUAGAAAAAUAUAAUGAACUUGAAAUACUUA